CAUGGCGUCCCCCUCGCGGAGGCUGCAGACCAAGCCGGUCAUCACUUGUCUCAAGAGCGUCCUCGUCAUCUACAGCUUCGUUUUCUGGUUCUCUGGCAUUAUCCUCCUGGCAGUUGGCAUAUGGGGAAAAGUGAGCCUGGAGGUGUAUUUCUCCCUGUUAAACGAGAAGGCUACCAAUGUUCCCUACAUCCUGAUCGGCACAAGUGGCAUUGUCAUCCUCCUGGGGACCUUUGGUUGCUUUGCAACGUGCCGGGGAAGCACAUGGAUGCUGAAAUUGUAUGCCAUGCUCUUAACCCUCAUCUUCCUAGUUGUGCUGGUGGCCGCCAUUGUGGGCUUUGUUUUCAGACAUGAGAUUAAGAACAGCUUUAAGGCUAACUAUGAAAGCGCCGUGGACGAGUACAAGUGGAUCAGAGAUGAACGAAGCCGGGCAGUGGAUACUAUCCAGAGCACAUUACACUGCUGCGGCGUUUCAAACUUCACAGAUUGGGAGAAGACCGAGUACUACAAAGAGAAAGGAGUACCCUUGAGCUGUUGCAAGGCGGGGCAGAACUGUACGAUGGAAGAUCUGAAGGAUCUAGACAGCGCCAAGGAGAAAGUGUACAAUAAAGGUUGCUUCAGCAUGGUGACACAGACAAUGGAGUCCAAACUGAGCAUUGUGGCUGGGAUCUCAUUUGGCAUCGCUUGCUUCCAGUUGGUCGGGAUCUUCCUUGCCUGUUGUCUCGCCCGGUCCAUCACAAAUAAUCAAUACGAGAUGGUAUAACUCGCAAGGUUGCAACUCACUACAAGAAUUUUGGGACACUUUAUAAAACAAAC